CUCCACCAACAUUAUAUAAGACAAAACUUAUACUGCUGUUAUCCCUAUCCUUAUUGAUACCUGCAUGUCACGACAUGCGUCUGAUUAGCUUAGAAGCAUCACAAAAACUGAAAUAUCGAAUAAUGAAUCUGAUUGAGCCCUGCCGCUCGUUAGCCACCCGUAUACAGUGAGACUAUUGAUUGAGAACAAAACGCUGCAACAUCGCUAGCCUAAGCCUGUAGGAUACUAGCUCAUUUACCUGGUAACCCGUUAAUUGUUGGUAACUUUUGCACCUCUCUACCUCCGCCGCACGAAGAGCAUCCAAGAUGGCGGACCUUCAACAAGAUGGCCAUGUAGAGAUGGAUCUUGCUUUUCACAAAGAGGUGAGUCGACGGCUCACUGCACGUUUGAAGGCAGCAGGAAUUCUUGUGGAUUCCGAUACUGUGAAUCAGCAGGUAAGUAGUGGACGCAGACGUUAUCCAUCCGGUUCUGGUGGAGUAAGCAGGCGCCCUACUUUUGCAUCGCGCCGGGGACGCCGGGAAGGCAGUCUAGUUUCAGAAGGAGUAGGCAACGAGCCAUUAUACGAGGGUGAGGAGGAGACGGUGUACGGUGAUACUGCAUCCUACCUUGGGGAUUUGCACGGCGCGACAACGGAAGAAGAGGAAGGAGAUACGAGUUUGGGUGCUGUGAUCCAUCGUGCUAGUCAGGCAGUCGUGGAGUCUUUCGGAUCAUUGUUCGCAGGUCCUCGUCCCUCGUUUUUCCAGGACGAUUCCGACACAGCGACGCCGGGGUCUGGUGCGUCGGUGAUCGACGACUUCUCACAGAACACGAGUAAGGUCGCGACCUCACCGGGAGGUGAGCCGGAUGAAAGCAGCCACGACAGGUUCUCAGGACCAAAUAAUGGUCGGGGCGGUGCAAGCACGAGCGGUGGCACUGGCUUGACAAACGAAGCUACACGACGAGGUAGUGCGUCUUCUACAACUCCUCUUCCUGCGAAGAAACGAAACCCUGCGCCCAAGGUCGUGCUUUUGGAAGGUGGUAGCAAGCGCAUAGAUCGGCUUACUCAAGACGAUCUUUGGCUAGACUUUUCUGCACUAGGAAUCAAAAACUCCGACUCUGAUGAUUUGAUGGAGGAGCUAGAAGAAAAUCGCCUCCAACGCUCGCUCGACAACAGGCUAGAGCGGGAAAAAAUUAGUAAGUUGUCUCGGAAAACAAGAGCGGAAGCGGACCCGUUUCAAAUGGUGCCACAAAAUCUUGCGCAGAUGGAAGAGGGCAUGGGUAAGACAUUUUGAAGGCUAUCGACGUUGUCGCUAGUCUCGACAAGACUUUCCAUUCAGCACAUCAAUCUAAAGAGUACUCGUGUCAGGAGGUAGUUUUUCCAUUUUACUAUAUUGACCCAGACGCGGCGGUCUGGUGCAUGGCUUCGAAAUCACACGUCACGAAAUGUUUAAAUUUUUUUAUGCUGAUAUUGUUUAUUCGGAUUCGUAUCCUCUAGGCGCGCUAGUCUCUCUUGCAAUGCGCACGCGUGGAACUUUGGAAAAGCAGUCGUUUAGACAGUUGGAAGGCUUCGCAUCGUGGAUUCGCGUGGAUGCACCUAAGCGGAGAUAUUUUACCGUCUCUCGCAAACAUGGAAAAUGGGUUUUGGACUGGUUUCUCUCGAGAGGCCAUGCUGCCGAAGCAUUUGGGACCUACGAAGAAGAACUGACCGAUGACCGGGGCACCAUUCCAUUUGCGGACAUUGAAAAAGUUUGGAAAGGUACUAUCAAGAAUUCGUGUGGCGUUUGGAAGGCGAUUUGUGAUUUUUUCUUGUAUUACAGGUUUCACACACUGCUGGUCGCAGUUACAGAAUGCAAGCUCGAGCGGUGUCGUGUGUAGGUCGUACAGACCACCCGCUUUUUUGAUGCCUGUAAUUGAUGCUGAUCAGGUCGUCUGGAUUACGAGCAUCAAAUGUUGUUAAUGUGGCGAUCAGAGGGUGGACGGCUGCGACGUAUGGAGGUAUACGCGAAGUGCCCAGAAGACGCGGACAAAUGGGCCCAUGCAUGGAAAAUUUUCCAAAAAGCCGCCCACCAGGAGGCUAUGGCACAAGCCGAGCGUGAGGACACUGCGCGCAUCGUGGCGGCGGAUAUUCAGGCAGAGCGCAAGAGGAGUAUCUCUUCAACACGAUCCUCCACUACUUCAACGAUGAACAUGCUCAAGACGAGAACAUCGAAGGGGCAGCUACCAAGGAGGGCGUCGAAAUUGGAAGGCGUAGCAACAGGAGUGAGUAAAGACGAUGAAGAGGACGAAGAGGAUAUAGGGCGGCGCACAAUUCGAGAGCGCGCCACAAUUUCGCGGAAUCAAGCGCUCGCUUCGGUUCGUGAAUCAAUGCGUCAGGCUGGGUCAGCGCUCAUAGCAGCAGAUGAAGAACACGAUGAAGCCUUGCGGACGUCAGCUUGUGGCCCACCCAGAAAAUAUAGCACGCGAUGGAGAGCUACUUCGGCUUACGAAAGAGAUACACUACUAAACUGCUUGGAGUAUUCUUUUUCCAAAAAUGCUUAGUAUGUGAAUGUAAUCUUAGACGAUCAUACUUAGGCAUCCUGAUGGGUAGAUUCACAUCAUUGAGGUUGCUAUGUCUUCGGCCCCGAUCCCCGUUCAUAUCCGGAAGAUGAACACGAACGAUUUGCCAUACUUCGAUGCAACAAAACACAAGGACUCGGUGUACCUACGGGGCCUGGUGUCUUCGGUGCAAAAGUACAGCAUUGUAGUAGACGAGAACGCAACUUGGGGAAGAGACAGUUUCUUUGAAGAUGAUGGCCCCAAUGACUGAAGUGCUCACGACACCGUGCGAAUGUUGCUACGUAGUAGCUUUUCAAUGAGCGAGAUGAUGCUCCAUGUCAGAAUAUGAGAUAAUUCUGUCUAGUCACUUUUCAGGCGUGCAAUUAGGGCGG